GGACGGAACUGAACCCCCAUCAACAGGAAAGAUGCUUCAAACCAAUGGGUCCAAAGAUCGACAAAGAGGAAGAGGACCAAUGUGCGAGAGAGGACAGGUUCAUGAACCUGAGAAUGGGCAUGAUGGCGGGACGAAAACGGGACAUGAAUUGGAUGGGACUUGACCAAAGUGAGAGUGCAAAGAAGCGAAUGCAGGCGACAGCGGCGUUGCGACAAUCUGACCUGAGGCAUCUGGGCAAUGUGAACAAAGAGCAAGGGGCUAAAAAUAGAUGUCAUGACAUCGACGGGCCGCAAGGUGUGAAUUAUGAGGAGCAAGGAGGGGCUAAGAGAGCAGCAGAAAAUGGGAUCGAGAGAUCGAUAGAGGGGAGGAUGAUGGAUUGCGUCGAAGAGGAGGAAAGGAAGGAUGAUCAGUUGAAGGCAGAUGAGUCAUCUAGCAACCGGGAAGCCAUAACCAGAUAUGUGCGAGGGGAUUUUCAUGAUCGUGUUGUCCAUCAUUAUAGCUUGGAGAUCGGUGAGGGCCAUGAGGAAGACCGCCUAGAGGGUCCUGCAGCUGCUGCGAAUGGUUGGCAUGGGAGAGAUGACAGUACCCCACGGUCAGCAAAAGAGGCUGGAUGUUGCUGCGAGGAGAGGGAGGGGGGGGGGGGUCAAGAUAACACUGUUCAUUAUAGCCUGAAGAUUGGUAAGGGUCGUGAGGAAGAUCAUCGAGAAGGUCCUGCAGCAGCGAAUGGUUGCCGUGAUAGAGAUGACGGUACCACACGGCUAGCAAAAAGGACUGGAUGUUGCUGCAACGACAGGGAAGCCAAGGGGGAUGGGCUGGCAGAUCAAGAUGGAAAUCGGUAUCCGAUGUUUGUUGGCGGAUGCACCAGUUUGCGAUGUUCCUUUGCUGACACUUCCCAAUCCGGACACAUCGAUGACCGGUCAGCAGAGGAAGCCCAGGAAGGUACCAGUUACGCGGAACAUCGGGAGAGGGGGAGAGGGCUUGAAAUGGUUGCAAUGAAAAGCCGUUGCGAUCGUGACGGGCACCUGCAGUCAGCUGCGAACUGGUAUGGUGGGUCGAUGUUUCGUAAGUUGGGAAGCUCUGGCAGCAUGUCCAAGACUAGUUAUACCCAUCGAGAUCGAGACCGGAGGUUGCAAGGCAGGAAAGUAAUGCGAUCACUCGUUUGCAGCGAUACGAGCGUGAAGGCUGUCUGUGGAGUGAGAGCGAUUUGGGUAUGGGCCCGAGCGAGAAGGAAGGGCAUCGCCUCAAAGCUUUUGGACGCUGCAAGGGCUUCGUUCUGCUUCGGAUAUGUCAUAAAGCCGUCAGAGAUCGCUUUCACUCAGCCAACGUAUGAUGGGCAAGCUCUUGCAAUCCGGUACUGCCAAACUGAAUCAUUCCUUGUAUAUAAAUAGCAUGUAGCAGCGCAAGUUCUUUUUUUUUUUUUUUUUUUUUCGACGCA